AUGCAGACAGCAAUUCCUUUGGCGUGUCUUUUAUCCGUCAUAAGACCACCAGGAGUGCAGUUCGAGAACUCUUUGCUGCAAAUAGCGCCCAUCGACAAGUCAAAGUGCCCCUUCGUGAAGAACACCAAUGAUGUUGGUUUCCAGCUAUACACUAGGCAUAACCCGACAGUCUACCAGGAGCUGGUCUACGGUGAUGACGAGAAGCUCUUCGCUUCGAAUAUAGACUUCAACGAUAAGACAGUUCUUUACUUCCACGCGUUCAUGGAGCAGCCCGACGACGGUAGCGGCAUCAUGAUCAGGGAAGCAUACGUCCAGCGAGGUGAUACGAACGUCAUCAUGAUAGACGCUCAUCAUUUAGAAGCGGGACCCUGGUACGUCACGGCGGCCCAGAACACGUGGUACAUAGGACGCUUCGCGGCGCAGUUCAUCGACUUCCUCGUGACCAGGUAA